UAGUUGAUGGGACCAGGAGAAUUAUUCAGGCCAACUCUGCAGCCUCUUCCUGUCAGCCAAGCAGUGGAGUUAUUUUGAUGAAGGAUGGCCAUGCAUAAACAUUGAGCCCUCUGAAUGCCCCAGACAUAUUUAUGCGGUGCUGUGUGAGGAAAGUUAUAUUCCAGAAACCGAAUUUGUGUUUGAGAAUAAGUGCUUAAUUCAUCUUUGGAGCCGUUCAUCAGUACACCAUUGGUACAGCUUCAGAUCAGUCAUGAACCUUAGCUCUCCUCUCCUGUUCUGCCUGGCAGCAGUCUUCUUCUCUGCCGCUUCGCCUCACCAAAUAUGGAACAAGCUGACCCUGACCCACCACUGGCCCACCACCUUCUGUUCUAUGGAGCACUGCCAUGCCAAAAUUAGCUACUGGACACUGCAUGGACUCUGGCCAGAUAAUGGAAAUGAAUGUAAUUCAUCCUGGCAUUUCAACUCCUCCCAAAUAGAGGACCUGCUACCAGAUAUGGAGAAGAGUUGGCCUGACUUGAUCAAGCCUUCAUCCUCUAGCUUCUGGAAGUACGAGUGGCAGAAACAUGGCACUUGUGCAGCCGAGGCAGAGUCACUCAACAGUCAGCAUAAAUAUUUCAGUAAGGCUCUGGAGUUAUAUCAUAAACUGGAUUUGAGCAGCGCCCUGAACAAGUUCAACAUCAUCCCCUCCGACUACUACAAAUUCUCACAAAUCGAAGGAGCGAUACAGAGUUUCUACGGCGUCACACCGAAGAUCCAGUGUGCCCAUUCCUCAAAGAAUACUCAAGUCCAGAAUUUGGGACAGAUUGAGAUCUGUUUCGACUCUGAAUUCACUCUGCUGGACUGUGAAAAAAACCCAAACAAGGAAAAGUUUCCUGAAGAAGUUUGGAACAACCUCUUAGUCAAAACCACCUCUGGAUUCAAAGUGUGUGACCAUGACAUACCAGUAUACUACCCACCUCUUUCUUUAAAGUGAACAUGCACACAAACAAGUGCUAAAACACACUGAAAACCUUCUUUUUCACAAAAUAUUUUUAAUCAUUUUAGAUUAAAAAGCUAGUGUACUAUAGCACACACGCACAUGAUUUGUCACUAAUAAAAUUUUGCACACAGAGAUGAUUUCUCACUUGUACAUAAAAUGUAUGGAGGAUGCCUCGGCACACCAGUAUGCCUUAUGGGAGCUUUUAUCAAGUUUGUGUACGUUCACAAUGCACACGGCUUAUAUAAGAAAUGUACAUUUUUAAUAAUUUUUGUGUAGGUUACGUCAGAAUGUUUUACUGUUUCUUUGGAAUAUUAUAAAUCUGUAAUGAAACAAGGAAAUGAAUAGGAAAAUUGAUGCUAUUAAAAUUAAAGGAAAUAUAAAAAAA